AUGGAGCAGCCCACGACAGAGCGACAAUGGUCAGAGCAUGAGAAGAUAUACUUACUUGCCGAAAUAUUGAAGGCCGCUCCAGUAUCUUCUCAUGUCCUUUACAGCUUCAUUCGCGAGUACCAAGUCCAAGUACGAUGGAAUGACAUGGCGCUUCCUCCUGGGCGCUCACUCAACUCAUGCCAAAGAGCAUACCACGACAUCGCCAACUCGAACUCCGGCGCAAGCUACAGCCGUCCUCCAUUGCCGACCCCGAACAUGUAUCCCGGGUCCGACCUUACUAGGAAACGUCCUUUGCAAGAAGCUGCUCCACUCGGUCGCCUACUUCAACCUCGCCCCCCGCCUCACCCGUAUGCCACUGAAUACCUUUCUGCUGGCGGCCCUGCCUAUGCCAAGUCGAUGAACGCUGGCGAACCCGCGAACAAGAAGAAAAGAGGGAGACCGACAAAAGCAGAAGCGCAGCAAAGGGCGCAAGAAGCGGCAGCACGCGGCGAGGUUUACCCACCUCCGCGAAGAGGGCGACAAUCGAUCACGGCGCACCCCGAACCAUCUUCUUCAGGACCCAGCCCAGAACAACUGCCGCAAGCGCACACCCCACCGCAAACGUCGACCAGGGUAUUGCCUACGAAUACUGUGACUCCGCAACAUCAAUUGCAUAACGAACAAAGUUCUGAAUCUUCUUCAGGCAAAAGACGGCGCGCACGCCCUCAGCCGUUAGAAUUAGAGAAAGUCCAACGGCAAUCCAGCGAAAUGCAGUCCCCACAUGCCUAUGGAUCCGCGGACCCUACUCGCAAUCACACUUACUCUUCUUUUACGCCUAUCUCCGCUCCCUUACCCUCUUCAGCGGGCUCUAGAGAUAGAGACACACGCAUGGAAGGGAUUGAAGAGGCUCAGCCACGAACUACAACACCUCAUUCGUUUAAAGACACGGUCGGCAUAUGA